AUGAUCAGCGCAAAAAGGCUUAUUGAAAUGGCAAGAAAGUGGCAAAAAAUGGCAGCUGGAAAGCGUAGAAGAAUUUCAUACCCGAGACACCAAGUGGAUGUGAAUUCUUCAGCAACAAACAAGGGCCACUUCGUUGUUUACAGCGUCGAUCAUAAGCGAUUCGUGGUUCCCCUCAAGUACCUUAGCACCAACGUCUUCAAGGAGCUUCUCAAGUGGUCCGAGGAAGAGUUUGGGUUACCAUCCAACGGACCAAUUACUUUACCUUGUGAUAGCGUCUUCUUGGACUAUGUAAUAUCGUUAGUUCAAGAACGCAUCCCCGAAGAUGUGGAGAAGGCUUUGAUCGCUUCAAUGGCUGCAUGUCACCAUGAGGCUUCUUCUUCUCAUGAUCUUAGACAGAGCAAAGAAAAUUUCAUUAUUUAUGGUUUUUGA